AAGGACUAAAUGGUAUAAUUGGUUGUGUUACGAUUGUUGGCUUAACAAUUGGUAAUCGUUUUGUUUUUGAAUUGGAAGAAAAGAAACGUUCUGAGAAUAUCAGAGAUAACUGCAAUAUGCUUUGUACAAAAGAACAAUGCAAUAAGGGUACCUGUAUUGAUUUAUUUCAUACAGCUGUAUGCAAUUGCCGUGGAACUUAUCAGUCAGGAAAACGAUGUGAUGAAACUAUGAAAGCGUUGAAUGUAUCCUGGGAUCAGUAUAUUUCCUACAAGAUUGACAAUGAUGAAUCACAGCCAACUGUCAUAUCAAUUGAUUUUAAGACCAAAGUAAAUGAAGGUUUAAUAAUUCAUGGAACAAUUUUAUCAUUUGAAACUAAUAAACCAAUCGGUAAGCUAAAAUUAGCACUUAUUUAUGGACAAUUACGAUUGACAAUUGCUAAUCUUGCUGAAAUCAGUUUUGAUAAUAUCACUAUUGACAGUAAUAGAUUCAAUCAAAUUUUACUGGAAUUUGAAUAUAACAUUAAUUUGAUUCGUAUGACUUUCAAUGGUAAUGCAAAAUCAGCAAGAUUGAAUAUUGUAGAUGAUAAGGAAUAUCAUAUCAGAUUUGAUGAUGAAUUAUUUUUUUGUGCUGGCGACAUUGAAGUUGGCUUGUCCGGAUGCUUACGUGGAAUUUACGUUGAUUAUUUUGAUGUAAUUGAUGGCUAUACUAAAGGUUCAUCAAAGGUUAAUGCAAACUCGAAAUUGAAAAGUUGUGAUAGAAGUGGUCUAAUUCCAGAUACUGAAAUAUUUCCUGUAACAAAUUCCUACCAGGUAUUAUUGAACGGAAUUACGGAUAAACAAAUCAUUGGAUAUAAUAUUAAAUCAGGAUAUGAAUUUGAACUCGAUCAUGGGAGUGAACAAGUAAACAGUGAAUUCGAACAUCACUAUGACAACCAAAUGAGACCAGAAGCGUUAAAUUCUGAUGUAAUUUUUAAGGCUGAUGAUGUUGCGUUCAAAGAAGAUAUUCCAUGGAAAGUUAUUACAGAAACAUCGAUGCAGCAAUUUUGUGAAAACGACGAAGCGAUAAGUUGUAAAAAUUCAAUCGAAUGUAAAAAGGAAAAUGGCAUACCAAUUUGCAUAUGUCGCAAAGGAUUCGUUGGACCAUUCUGUCAAUUUUCACUUUUACCGUGGAAUUGUGAUGAGAUAUUCCGUGAUGGUAAUACCAUAUCAGGAACGUAUAUCAUCGAUCCUGAUGGUUCUGGACCACUACCAGAAACAUAUGCUUACUGUGAAAACGGUAAAACAAUCGUUGCACACAAUAUGCCUAAUAAUACGAUAAUUCAUAGCAAAGAUUUGGGUGAUAUUCAUAUGAUCGUUAAUUAUAAAUUAUUCAACGAUGAACUUCUGCAAGGUUUGAAGAGUAAUUCUGAAUCUUGCUCACAAAUAGUACGGUAUAGCUGUCAUACGGCACCACUUGGGUUUGAUAAAAUGAAGACGUGGUUCAAAUCGAUCUCAAAUGAAUUCUUCCGCGGAUUUGGCGGAAUUGACGGAACAUGUCCGUGUCAAAAUGAUAAAUGUACAAAAUGUAAUUGCGAUAAUGCUGAUAUUGCAAAUGAUUACGGUAUAAUGACAGAUGCUCAGGUGCCAAUUCGAGGUAUCUAUCGAUUAAAUGAUCAAUCAGUUGAUAAGGGUUAUAUGACACUUGGACCAUUGAUCUGCAGCGGAAGUGUGGGUCAAUCUGAUGCAUAUACAAUGGCAAUCCGAAAAAAAUUUAGCUCGGUAGAAAUUGGUACCUGGAACGGUGAUAUGUUAAGUUUUGAAUUUCGUACUUAUCUUAAAAGUGCCACAUUACUAUCAUCAAACGAUGGAAUCAUUAUGAUCACAAUGUUGGAGCGAACAUUUUAUUUGCAAAUUAAUAGCCAAAUUGAUUUGUCACUUAUUCCACAAUCAAGAAAAAAUGAUGGAUAUUGGCAUCGAAUUAUCGUAGAUAUUCGUGAUGGAACGGUACUAUUCUCAGUAGAUGAUACGGUAACAACGGCAGUAAUUAAGUAUCAUUCAUUUAGCAAUACACAAUUAAGUAUUGGUGGUGGUCAUGAUGGUUUCCUGGGUUGUAUCCGUCAAAUACUUUUAAAUGGUACACUUAAAGAAGUGCAUCAAACACUACGUAAUAAAUGUAUUAACAAAUGUGAAUCACAUGACUGUCAGCAUGAAAGUCGUUGUGAGGAAGAUUUUGUUACCGAUACAGUAGGAUGUGUUUGUAAAAAUACAAUCGUACAUUCGGGAGAUUUAUGUCAAAAUAGUAUUAAUUAUGGAACGGAAGUAAGUUUUCAUGAUUCAAAAGAAGCAUUCUUAAAAGCUGAAAAUAUUACUGUAGCAAAUACAUUAAUGCAACGGAUUGUAUUCAGUUUUCGCACUGAUCAACGUGAUGCUUUACUAAUUUACAUACAUGAUCACUUGUAUAAUUUCAUGCAGGUACACUUAUCGGAUCAUUCACAUAUGGUACUAACGCUUAAUUUCAAUCGCACCAUUUAUCGUUGUGAAGUUGUCGCUAAGAUUGGAAAUGAAUACAGUCGAAUGAAAUGGAUUCAAGUGAUGAUAUUUCAAUGGAUCGAUUCUGUUGAAUUAUACGUCAAUGAUGAAAUAUGUCAAAUUGCCGGAGAGCAUAUCCUUUCUAAUAAUUUCAUUCGAAAAUUUGAAAUUACACAUGACAUAAAUGAUAUUAUUCAACCACCGGUUUCACCGAUAACUAAUUAUGGCAUUACUUUCAAUUAUCCAUACGUUUUGUUAUUUAUCGCUGGUGUACCAACUGAAAUUCAUUUCGGUAAUUUGGAACCAAUUUAUCGAUCGAAUAUUCCGAAUUUACUUGGUUGUAUGCGUGGUUUAAUGAUUGGUGAGAAACUAGUCGAUAUGCGUAAUCAAUAUUAUUGGUCUUAUUAUCCAACUAAACCAGGUCUAAUCAAAUUUGGUUGCGAAAUGGGUUGCCACAAAAUUGAAUAUUUAUGCAAAAAUGGUGGCCAUUGUUUAGUACAAUGGGAAGCGGCAAAAAAUAUUGAAAAUAGUGUCAGUUGUAAUUGCGCCCGAACAUCGUAUUAUGGUGAAUAUUGUGAUACAGAUAAUGGAGCAUACUUUGCUGGUAAUUCAAUAUUAUUGUUAAAUACGGCUGAAAUAUUUGAAAAAGUGAUCUUUGAUUGGAAUGAAGCUGACGAACAGACAUUCAGUUUUGCAUUUUCGACAACAAAUACGGCAAAAUCAACAAAGCUAACAAAACCACAGACGCUUGCAACAAUUUCUUUUAAGCAUAAUAAAAUGUUGCAAAUAAUAUUAUGCAAAAAUGGUUCAAUAAAUAUCGAUAUAACGUUGAACGAUAUAUCGUUUGUUUACACAUUUUCAUACAAUUACAACGAUGGUUAUCGGCAUUAUUUUCAUUCACAAUUCCGUGCCAACAAAUCAUUGAAAGUAACGAUUGAUUCACGGAAGUAUGAUUUUCCACCAGAUUUAACAGCAGGUUUAUCACUUGCAUAUGCGAUCAAAUUUUCCUUCGGUGGAUCAUACACUACGGAUAUUUCAGAUAUGAUAAGAGGUGAUAAAAAAACAAUGAAGUAUAACUAUACUGGUUGCUUAUCAAAUAUUGAUAUUGAUAUAAAUGUUGCACGUAUGCGCCUUAAGCCCAUUUUAUAUUUGCAUAAAUCGGAACUUGAAUUUGCUGAAUCAGUAACAAUUAUUGGUAAUAAAAUUCAAUUGGGUGCAUGCAAUUCAUUUUUAAUUCCUGGAAGUUUACCACUAAUACUAAAUACUGUAGAAGCACCACUUUGGGAUUCACCAUUUAUCACUGAAUCUUAUCAACGAUCAAAUGAUGAUGAGAUGAAUGUCGGAGAAACCAGUGAUUCUGAAUGGUGGAUAGCACCGGUUAUUAUUACACUUAUCCUAUUGAUAAUUUUGGUUGGUAUAUAUAUUUACUCAAAAUAUAAAGAAUAUCAACAAUCACCGAUAACAUCAAAAGAUUCCGAAACUCCGUCUAAAGAUCCGGAAAUUUUGCCAUUACUUUUGCCUAAAAACGGCAAGUUUUCCGCUUUUUCCUUAUAA